AUGGCUUCAAAGUCUGGACAAGGCGCGGUCAAGGCGAACUCCGAGCAAAGCCAGAUGUGGUUUUUUUUGUUCGAAGACAUGAAAUCAGUAAACUUCAAGCAAAGCGAUUUUAUCCUGGCAGAUCUCGUUGGCAGCCAUGGCAAGACCCAGGAUUUUUCAUUCUGGAUUCAUUCGCAGAGCAUGAGCUCCGCUGUUCAGAUGUUAACAAACGAGAGCAUCAUCGGAACAUACAAGCUUUACUGUUCAAAGGAUCCCAUCGUUCAGAUUAUCAUUCGCAACGUACAUGAGUUGUCUCCAAACACUUCCCGUGCCCCAUCAUACGCAUCUUCACUUGCUUCGCGACAGCAGAAGUCCGCCCGUCGAGGUUUACUUGCUCCUGAACUGUUCAUUCAGCCCAAGGUUCGCCACGUAUCAGGAAGCACUGAUAUGGAAACAUUCGAAGAGAUCAAGGACGAUGAGCAGAUGAUUUCGAUCGUGAAGGAUGGUCAAACCUUCACUUUCACUCCGGACUACCUCAAAGGAUGGAUUGAGUCCGAGAUUGCGAACCUCAAGCCCCUCACCGACAUCGUGGUGCAAUCAGUGGGACCGGAUGGCAUCACUCAUGAUGUCCAGCUCGAUGCCAAUGACACGUUCGUUCGUUCUCAGACAAAACGAGAAGAGCUUCUCGCAGACAUCUUCUUCAAAGUUCCCAACUUUCAGAAGAACUGCAUGGAGUUUAUCUAUGAUCUACGAAGCUUCGGACAAAACGACAAGUCGAGAAAACGUCUUGAAAGCACUGGCGACCAAUACUACCUUGGCUCGCCCUACUUCGACGACCAAGUUCGUGACAAGAUUCUUGAACUACCCGUGCAAGCUGGUUCUCUUAAGCAAGCUUUGGACGCCUUGGCUACCAAGCGAAUGGGUUCGACUAUCUGUGCUUCCCAUGACCUCUCCCCUAUCUUCGAAUCUGCCCUUGGGGUCACUUGGGAUAAGUCUAAGAAGAAGGCUAUCAUCACUCCUGCCAAGUCGAACACAACUGGCUUGACCUUUCGAGCCAAGGCACUGUUGAAGAAAGGGACUUUUGCAUUCCGGAAGAAGUAG